UUAUGUAAUUUCUAAUUAUUAAUUCUUACAAAAUAUGCUGGUAUCACAUUGCUUUUUGUAAUUAAAAAUGAAAAACACGUCUGUACCUUGAUUUGCAUGAAGGAAGCUAUUGCUGUCAACAUUUUCCCACUAUCAUUGUUAUUUUCAAUCUGAAUAAACACUUUCAAGAUCCUCUUUUGGUAUGUGAUCAUUACCAUACAUGUGACCAACCCACAUGAUUUUGCUACUAGUUUGGUUCAGUCCUAUGGUAGGAAUAGAAAGCAGAACCAUUUUGCGUGAUUAAAGUCAUCUUAGUGACAUGUAAGCCAAACCGGAGACUCAAACGAAUCAAAAGGGACUUUUCCUGAGUUUGGACUAUUAGAAUCUCAGAAAUCUCAACCUAUAGAUUCGAAAGGAACAUACUGCACUUUUCUUUUUAGAAAACUUAAUUUAGAAAGAUGCUUGGAGAAGCCUUUCUAAUUGAACUCCUGUAUAAAGAACAGAAAUAUGCAAACUGUUGCACACCACUUAUGUGUAGGAAGACCUCAAAUGAUGAAAAGGAAACUCGCAAAAGUAAACUUCCGGCUGUAGAAGACAAUUUACUUUCCCCCGUGAAGAUGGAAAAUCAAGAAAAGACUGUGAAAGGAUGCUUAAUAGAACAAAAUAAUGAUAUAAAUCAAAUAAAACCUGUGGAUGAGAUAACUACGACAGCGUGCAAAGGCACAUCUCUUCCAGGAAAUGUGACCAUUGCAUUACCCAUCCCAAAGAGAGAACAGCAUGAUGAUAGACAAUUGGAUUUGUAUCGAUCUUGGUCAUGUACAAGUAUUUGCCAGAAUUACCCUGACCUACAGAUUGGAGGUGAUCGUGUGGGCAACAUGUAUGAUUCAGGCUGCUUUGUGGAACACACACAUGAAGAUGUUUUUAAUGGUCCCCUUUUACUUUCAGUGGAUAUAGCACUGGGUCAUUCGCCUGUCAUUGAGCCUCCAGAGAAACUGCCUGCCUCAAAGUUUUUGAACGGGGAUGAAAUACGUGAAAAAAGUAUCUUGUUUCAUAAGCAGCCUCUCUCUAAUUCCAUGCUUAACAGUUAUAUGGAAAAAAAAGUGGAAGAACUCUACAAACAAUUUUUGGAAGAAAAUCUCACCAGGUGCCGCUCUAUAACCAAUCUUAUGGCUUCCAAUUUGCUAAUGAAUAAUGUAAAUCAGAUUAGCCUUCAGAUCUCUCAAGAGCAGAACAUAGAGGCAUCAAAAGCUCGGGACGCUCUUCUGCAUUCUCUAGUACUGUAUAAUCGCCGAAAUGUUUCCCACAGAAACAGUUCUGAAUUCAGCACACCUAACUUACAAAUAUCAAAUCAGACCAGUAGAGAACUUCUGUAACAUCCGCGUUGGUAGGGCUGACUGAAGAAACUGUAGUAGUAAUAAUCAUUAUUGCAUUUUUUUGAGAACUGGUUUGACUUAUGGCAUCUAAACUACUGUGGGGGACAGCUAAGCUUUAUGGUUUCAGUUUUUAUUGUCUUGAUUGAUGUUUGCCACGUUUGAGUAUGUAUACUCCGUACGUGCUUAUCUAGUUGCCACUGGCACCCCAAAUUAAUGAUCUCACUGUCAUUUAGUUUGUAUACCACAAAAUUAUUGAUCUAAGCUACUGAAAGAAUCUUCAGAAGCAGUAUCAAAGAGGAGCGUUUCUCUCUCCACAAUUGGUUAAAGAUAUAUGCCUACUCUGCAAGUAACCUUGAUUACUACAUACAUACAGAGAGUUUCUUUUUACAAUGCAAUCAGAACAGCCUAGGAGAAAUUGUUGAAUAUAAGCGAACUUUAAAAAGCUCAUGGAACAUGGAGUUAAGGGAUGCUUACUUUGGUGUGAACAUUUUUGAGACACACAUUUUUUUUUUUUUUUUUUGAGUAACAAACAUUCCCAGGAACUAAAAUUACACACACACUUGGGGUGUAUUAUACAAGGAAAUACUUAUAGCAAAAAUUGGAUUAAAUGAUAAUAUGAAACAAUUAUAGUGGGGGAGGCUUAAGGAAAAUGCAAAAUUUGCCGAUGCCAUUUGAAUUGAAACUUGAUGCUUCUGAACUUUUCUGCAAAUAGAAGACUUUCUUGUGUUUCUUGCCUGGUUGUCUUGAGAGAUGAGAGGAAGAUAUCCAAGUAAAGUAUGUUAUCAAUUGUGCAUAGAGAAUCACUACCUAGAAACUUUUUAGCUCACAUUUCACACUUAGAUUAUCCCUAAUUGCCAUUCUGAUUUGGAAUAAAAGCAGGAUGUGAUGGAAACUUUGGAAUCUAACUUUAAUUAAUUAUACUAAAGAAAGGGUGGUAUGUUAGGCUUGAGAACAAGAUUCUGCAUUUAACAGCUCACAUUUCUUAAUGUGAGAAUGCAUUUUUGCUUCUAAAAUAAGAUUAUAUGGGUUUCUGUCAUGGAAUUAUUAUUAUUUUACUGUAUAUUAAUAACUUUAGAUUAGUAUUAGUAUGUUCCCCUCCAGUUAUGUCUUUGUCCUUUGAUUAGGUUUUAUAGAAUCAAUCCUCUUUCACCUUGUUAACUUUGAUCACAUGAUGUUUAGAUUAUUUUCAUUCUUUUCAAAUAUAAAUUGAUUAAGCUUUGUCCUCUGUUUGGUCUUGUUUAUAGAAUAAGUCACAGUAUUUAGUUAUCAUCAAAUAUAGAAAUGUAUCUAAUUAUGCUCUCAAAUUUAAAAUUUGUCCCUAUUGUCUAGUCUUCCUCCUGCUUAUUAUCUAAAUGCUUAUUAUUUAAAAAUACUUAUUGUUAAGAUGUUCUCAAAUUUAAUGUAACGAUUAAAAAGGAAAUAUGGUAUAUUUAAUGUCAUGUUCAUAAUAACCUCAUGCUUGGCUAUUUCUCAGUUUAGAUUUAAUUGGUCAUUCUUCAUUCCAUUUGUCAUCAUGGGUAUCCUUUAUGUGAUCACACUGUACUCUCUCAAAAAUCAGUUUUGUCAAUGUAUGGAACAAUGGACUUUUUCUCAGUUUUGUAAUAAUCUAUAGCAUUUGUUCUGUGCUUCUAAGAAAAUGGCGAAUUUUAGUGAUUCAGCUGUUGGAAGAAUCAUCAUGAUUCUUGGCAAGGAAGAAGUUGAGGAGGGUAAAAAUGAUGCUCAAUAAAAUGCUGCUCCCUGCCUGCUUAGUUCAGUUUAAUUUGUAUCCCUUUUUUGGAUGUCACUAUUGUAUGAUGUAGAGUGAUUUGACUCGGCCUAGGAUUAUAUUCUGUCACGAGUGUUCUUGAAACAAUGAAGGAAAUUCAAGGGGUAGAGUCUAUACUGGAUUUCUAAAAUUUUUAGCCUUGGGCUGACACAAGGGCUGCAGUUCAAAAGAAGGUCAUCUCCUGAGAUUCUUAAGACUGGUGCUAGCACCGAGAAGAUCCUCGCAACAUUAUAAGUGUAUUUUCUGAAUCACAUUAAAAUCAGUUUUGAAACAAGGUCAAUAGUUCCUAAUUUGGGGUAGGAAUAAAAUAUUAACAGCACUACAUGUAGCAUUACUAGACAAUGUGUGGUUAGAUGAAUAGUACAGGGGGUGGCUUGAUGAGAAUUAAUGUGUGGAAAAAAAGUGAAAUGACUGUAAAGUUAAGUGGUUAAUUGCUUUCAG